CAGAUGUGGGCCUCGAUCGUCUUCGCCGCCGUCGGGCUCACUUCGCCGGUCGCGCCGGCACGCCACCUCACUGCUGCGCGGGCUCCCGCGCCCGCGGCGCAGUUCGGCUGGGGUAGGCCCCAGGCCGCUCCCAGUGCACCGCCGCCGCAGAACGCACGCGACGCAGACUUUGCGCGGCGGCAGGAGAAGCUUGCGCAGCGCCAGCAGACGGCCAAAUCGGCGCCCAAGGGGCAGGUCGAGGUGACCUUCCCGCAGAAGGGCAACAAAGUCGUGUACGCGCAGCAGGGCGACAACAUCGGCAAGGUUGCGGCGAAGGCCGGUCUGCGGAUCAAGUUCGACUGCAAAAACGGACGCUGCGGCACGUGCCAGGUGCGCCUCAACGGCCGCGCGGCCGCCAAGGUGUGCCAGGGCGCGACCAUUCCCGGCGGAGCCACGCGCAAGCUCAAGAUUACGCUAGACAACCCGUGAGCGGCGAAAACCGGCGUCGGCGGCGGCGGUGUUGCGCGGGUGCGGCACUUCUGGGGCGUUGGGCUGGGAGCGGGGUAUAACCGCAUCCUCCCUCCUCGCCUCGUGGUGCUUUGUGGGCUGCUCGUCGAGCAUAGAGUCUCUUGCUGCCGCCUGCUCUGACUCUCGCGCUGUGGGGCCCAUGUCUGUGAUGUGAUCAUUCCUUACAACCCAAUAUGUAGC